AUGGACGACGACCGCAGCGUCUCGAUGCUCGAUGAGCGGGAGCUGGCUGUCGAGGAUACCAAGGAAGGCGAGGAGCUCAACCCUGUCAAGGUUGCGCGCCGCCUUGUCCUUCUUGCUGGCCCCAGUCUCCAAUGCGACAGCAAGGUCAUGGACACGGCUUGGAUCCUGCUGGCUGUGCUCGUCGCCGCACGCGGCGACGAGGAUGAGUGA